GUUGAAUCGAAAUAUUUGGAAUGAAUAGUAUGCUCACCUCUGUUACUCUAUUUCGGAAUGAAAACAGAUUCAGUACUGUCAGUAGUGUCAGUAGUGUCAAUUGAAUUCGGAAUAGCCUUGGUGACUAUGACAAGACAGAUGUAUAGAAAGUCAAAUGGACAUGACUUGACGUAAGUCUUUACCUGUGUCCAACUGUCCAACUAUUUCUUUUUCUGUUGAUUUUGUCCACAAUUCCACAAUUUGCGAAUUGUCCAAGAUAUUACUGAAAAUUACGGAUGCAAUCGAAAGAAUGGUUCGCAAACGAUGUGAUAACAGAAAGAAGGGAUCUUGAUAUUAUCAAGUGAUGGAUCUUCUCUUGAAAAAGGGAAAUGAAACACAUUUACUAAUAGACACUGAGUCCAAGUGUAUAACUGGGCACUCUCUUGUUGAUACUGAAGAGCAACUUGUUGGAGAACCUGCAGUAUGCAAAAUAGAUAUUGAGAGGAAAUUAUCAAACCAAAACUUACUGGACAAGGCAUUUUCCAUUGAUGAAAAUGAUCUAGCUACCCCUUUAGAACCCAUCCAGGUUGAAAGUUUUCCAUUAUCAACUAGAAAUGGCACCAGUAGUGAUGAAACCUCAUCAGAAAAUAGUGGAAAAUCAGAUGAGGAUUAUGAUUAUGUGGAAGAAGCCCUUGAAGAAGAUAGUAACACUGAACCUGAAGAAGACAAUGUUGAUGAUAAAGUGAACAUAACUACAGAAGUUGAAUGUCAGUGUGAAAAUGAAGAAAUUCUGAAAAGCAACUUCCUCAUCAGAAGAGGUGAUUUUUCUGCUGAUGGUUUUGCUACCAUUCCAAAUACAAUUCAAGAGACUGAGCAAUCAACUGGUGCAAAUCACCAAAUAUAUCUGCCUCGUACCUCAAUUCUUAAACCACAAUCCUCUGAAUGUAAUUUUUCUUCAUUUCAAGGCCAUAGGAAAUGCAGUGUCUCAUUUCCUACACUCAUGUCACUAUUAGUUACUUAUAAUGAGCCAGAGUAUUCAUUUCCAUGGAGCAUAGAUAAAGAAAUGUCAGCUGACGAAAUCCUCCAGGUGUAUCAGGAAUCUUGCAAAAAGCAUAAAACCAUUGAACUUGAUACUAUAAAGUCUCAAAUUUCUGAUAUCAAAAACAACAUGAAUCAUUCUGCAACUAUGAAACUGCACUCUAUCAAAGUAACUUCUGAAGUGAACGAGACACUGGAAGAUAUUUUCAAAGUUACCAAUUUUCAUACGCUCAUUUUGAAUGAUUGCAAAUUUACUCCUGAAACCAUGAGCGAGUUUCUGAACAUGUUAGAGUACUAUGAAUCAGCUUGUCAUUUUGAAAUUGAAAUGAAUUUUGAAGAUGAUGAUACCUGGAAAUGUUUUUGUAAUGCUUGCAAUAACAUUAUGGUAUUGGAGUCUUUGUCAUUCAAAAAAAUGGUAAUUAAUGAAACUCACAUGCGGUCUUUACUGAGUGCAAUUAAGAACAACUGCAACAUUACCAUGCUUAAAUUUGACAGCUGCAUGCUGGUGAAGCUUCCCAGUUUUUAUUUAGUGGAAAACCUGAUGUCCAAUACAACAAUUCGAGAGUUAUAUCUACCAUCGACAGGACUUUAUACUAAAGAAGCUGAAAUUUUAGCUAGAUUUUUCUGUAACAACACACACCUGAAAGUCCUUGAUAUUGGUAAUAAUUUCAUUGGCGAUCGAGGUUUAGAAUCCUUGGCACGAGGGUUGUGCAAACAAAAUACACCAGGUGUGGGAUUGUCUGCCCUCAGUGUUUUCAAUAACCAAAUAACAGAGAAAAGUGGACCAAUCAUAUCCGUUAUUAUUAUGGAAUGCAAGAAUUUACAUACUCUCAAUAUCGGUUACAAUAAUUUGACAGAUGAAGUACUUAAUCACUUGAGUGUGAGCUUACUAAAAACCAAUUGUCUUGAAGGCUUAGGGCUGCAGAGUACUUUGUUGACUUGUAAGGGAAUAGAUGCACUAGCAGAAGUCAUACCAAACAAUCAUUCAUUACAGAAAAUUAAUCUCAAGGGUAAUAAAGCAAUCCAAGUCAACGGCGUUGAAAAAUUGUGUCAAGCUUUAACAAACUCAAACAUCAUCAAAAUUGAGAUAGAUGAAAAUAACCGGUCAUGUAGUGACCCCGAGGCCUACACCCAACUGGUCAAGAAACUGUUCGCCAUCUGCACGGUGAACAGGUCCUUCGCGGAGUCGAACCCCGACGACGAGACGGCGAACCCGUCGCGGCUGAUCUCCCGCAAGAUGUCGCUCAGCUGCGAGCCGCGGUUUACCGUGCCUGAGGCAAUGGCGGCUGCAUUCCAGGUGGGGUCGCCAGCCCUGUCGCCGAUCCCGUCCCCGGUGGCGAGUCCGGCGCCGAAGAGCCGGUUCCAGAUCGUGCGGGUGGCGGAGGCGGGCGGCGGCUGCCCCAGCGCUAGUCUCAGUCCUAGUCCUAGGGCGAGUCCGAGUCCGAAACCGAAAUCAAGAUUUCGUGUAACCAAAGUUCCUGCCUCUCCAGAUGAAGAUAUUCAUUUCGGGAAGUUCGCGAAUAUACGAGGUAGCGUAUCUUCCAACGAUAGCAUGGAUUCUCUCACAACUUUGCAUUUGGAGAGUGACAGUGAAUAAUAUUUUCAUUCUCAUGACAUAGUGAGUACACCACCGUUUAUUCUUUUUAUUGGUAUUAGUUCUGUGAUAGAAUGUGUUAUGUUUGAAGCUUUUUUGAAUAUUAUUUCCAUUGCAAUGUGAUGUAACAAACCUUACAGAAUCGUUACAAAAAAAUAUGUAUUACUGCUCCUAGCAGCUUUAUCAGUGUGAAGUAGUGUUAUCUGUAGGAGGUUUUACAUAAUUUGUGGGUUUUUCUGAGGUAUGUCAGACAUUCCUAAAUAGGGUUGAUAUUUUUAUUUUAUUUCUAGCACUUUGACAUGUAACAAAUUUUACACUAAAUUAAUACCUUCUUUCGUUCAUUUGGUUUUUUCUUCUUUUAUUUAUAAUCAUAAAAAGUUGUGUUUUAUGCUUUUUUAUGAUCGUGAAUAAGAGUAAAGAAAAUUCGAGAUUUGGAAGAAAUUAUAUGAUUACCUCAUCGAACAACAUGCAAAUAGUAUAUAGUAUGAAUUGAUACUACCAUUAUCUCGUCCUUUGGUGCCAUGUUGAUUAUUAAUGACAUUCAUUGUUACAUAUUUUUAGUACUGAUACGGUGUGGGAGAGGUAAUGAGUUAAUUGAACUGAAAAUUAGUAGUGACCAAUAUUAGUGAUUCAGAACACAUUUUGAAAUGGUAUGCAAUAUUCAAAUGGUUGAAUAUUGUAUUUAUCAAAUCUCCAGAUGUCAAUUUUGUCAAUUUUCAUGUUUUUUCUUAUGUAUGAAUUCCACAUCCGAAUGAGACUGCCGAUGGUUUGAUUAUCUCAGUAACUUCAAUGUGAAUAGGGAACUGAAAUGAUGCAUUUUAGAAAAAUCACUUUCCAGAUGUAAAUUAUGUUGACAUGACGAAAAAGAACGUAUAAUUUCUUAGUUUUCAUGCACUUAAAAUCGGAAGUGGAAUCAUGAUAAAUCUAUCCACAUUGUCGAAAACCAGUUCUGACCAUUUAUAAACAUCCCUUAGAGGCGUUUGAGUCAUAUGGCUAAACCAAUGAAAAGCUUUCAGGGAGUAAACAAAUUUACACAGGGUGUUUGUUAAGUAAGAAAAAAUCGUAACGGCAUCCGUUAUCAAAGUACAGUUGCAUUACAAAAAUAUUGUUGACAGUAAAGUUGUCAUUGGUUCUCAAAGCCAGUUUGACACAGUUAGAGCUGGGAUGACGUAAACCUCUCUUUUUAAUACUUGCACGCUUUUUUAUUGAAUACCACUGUACCUACGAGGGGUUGAAAAAAAAGUCUAAAUAAAAUCUAAAUACAAAAAAAAUAACAUCCUAUUGUUAUAGUGUUAAAAAAAUUGAAUUAAAAAGAUAAUAUAUAGAAUCAGUUGUCAGAGUAACUCUCAAAAUGACCUCCGUUUUCAGGAAUGCACAAUCUUCUUAAACGUUUGAGGAUCAGCUUUACUUACCUUAAGAUACUAGGAAACUGUGUAUUUAAUGUUUUUAGACAAUUUUAUUUCAAUUUCAUUGAUUCUUUGUUUACAUAAUAACUUCAGACUAAAUAGGAAGAAUUUUUUUAUAAUACUUAUUUUAUAUAUUGCUUUUUACCAGCAACAGUUAUCAAUUACUUCAGCAUUUUCAAUUCAAAAUAUUCCGAAAACGGUACACAAUAUCGAAUUUUACCUUUUUGGUGUAACAUCGACUGAUGUUCAAGUUCAAAUAAAGUUUGAACUUGAAAAUCUAACUUCAAAAAAGUUAUGACUCAAUACAACCCGUGUAAAUAGCCCCCUCUAUGACAUUCAGAUAUUAAAACAGAUUCAUGCGUUGUGCCGUUUGAUGAAACAUUAUCAUACAAAAUUUGCAAUUACAAUGUUGCCAGUAUUUUCGAAGUAAUCAUUGAAAAUGUGUAUGAAAUUAUUUUUUCAACCCCUUCUGUCUUGAAAACGCAUCGCCUUAGGAACAUUUUUUACUGUGCAAACCCAUCCUAUUAUUCAGCGUUCUGCCUAUCCUAGCAAUGAGGCCACCUUAUUUGAAACACCCUGUAUAUAGUAUAUUUGUUGUAGGAUAAUUUCAAAAUGUGUACUGAAAUUCGGUUCUUUAAUCCGUAACUGAUAGAUACAUGGGCUAUACAAGUCGUUUAUCGAAUCAUUACAUAUAGGACAUUUGGAUUGCAACAUCGCAAGAGACUAUGCGGCUAUCGUACGUCUGAGCUAUAGUCUCCGUCUCCGCCACAACAGCGAAACAACCGCUAUUCUCCGUAGCUGGCAAUGUUGCCAAAUACCAUUCUUUCUUGAUACUCCUAUAUUUAACGACUCGAUGAACAACUUGUAUACACCCCUCAAUAAAAAUAAUGUUGCUUUUGUUGGAUGAAGCAGAGAGCAAUACCGAAUUCUAGCUGAUUGAAUGAUUCUCUAUUUGAAGUGAGUAUUGUUGAUAUGUACAAAUUGCGUGGUUUUGUCUCGAAUACAAUUUGGUGGAAAUAGUGAUAAGUAUUACUAGGCCUUAUGAAUACUUCUCAUUAUUUUCACCUAUAAAUUUGUUUGAAUAUUCGAUUUUAUAAGGUAAUUUGUGGUUUUUAAUAUCAAUUUGGCUGCUAUAUUCAAUUGACCGACAGUGCGGCUAUAUUUUAUGUAGCCUCUAUUUAAUUUUAUUUUUCAAGUUAUCUGGUCGCUUUUUGUGUUGGACCAUGGUAGAUUUAAGGGACCACCUUCUAUAUCAUAAUCCUUUACAUAAAACAGAAUUGUUUUUAUUCAUUCAACUGCAUUCAGCAAAAAUCCAUGAGUAAACUUUUUUUUGGUCUCUAGUCUCCGAAACAAUUCUUACUCUUUUGAGUGAGAUGCUUCUUGAAUUCAGAGCGAUUACACUUUUUUUUUAUAAUUCUAAAAUGUCUAUCGUGAACCAGUGAACGUUUGUGGCGAGUUAUAUGGUUUAAAACCUUGCUGGUAGACGAGGAAAGGAAUGUUUGUUUUUUUACUUUUGUUUUUUUGUUUUUGUUUUUUCUAAAAUAUUUUUGUGGUGUAGAGAAAUACAUUUACUUACAAUAAGUUAGAGUUUUUUACAAAGUAGUGUGUUUUUUUUGUUUUUGAAGGCAAGUGUGCCCAUUUAAUAAUAUUUGAAUACGGGAUAACAGUUUAUAAAUUGAAUAUAUUUUUAUAUUGAUGUUAGAUUAUUGGGGUGUAAAAGAACUAGUUGAUAGCAAUUUUUGGUACAAAACCUAUUGAAUAGUUUCAUAAUGUUUAAUAUUAUAGUUAUACCAUUUGCGCAUGCACUUAUGCAUUUUGUUGAUAUAGUUAUUUAUAUUUCUGUGUAUGUGAUAAAUGGAUGUGAUAUUGUAUAAUAUCUUAAGAGUAUUUUAACACAUAACCACUAUUGUAGAUUUAAAUCGUGUUUAAAAUAAAGAUGUAUGUUUCUCUAG